CACUCCCAAUAAUAAUUCUUCACUUUUUUCAACCUUUUUCCACCGCAAUCCCAAUUCCCAACUUCUAUAAAAAAAUGUCUUAUUCAAGUUCAAACCUUUUUCUAAUUUUUAAGGAGAGAAGUCUUAUGCUAUGAAUUUAUCUCCACUUUAAAUGAUUUACACUUGAAAUUAAAAGAGUAUAAAUCAAAAGGGUGUUUUUUUUUCUUUUUGGGAGAGAUUGAUGGAAGCCAUUAAAAGGCAAGCUAACAAGCUCAAAGAUCAAGUUUCUCAGCAACAACAGGCUCUUCUUAGACAGUUCGGGCACUUUGGUAACGAAGCUUUUGUAGUAGAUGAAGCAGAGAUUGCAUGCCGUGACCAACUGCACAAGUUAUAUGCAUCUACGCGAGAAGCCAAGCAUUUUGAAAAGAGCUUAGUGCAUGGCAUAGAAGGGAUUACAUCAGUUACUUCAAAGCAAAUUGCAAUAGAAAGAAAAUUUGCUCAAGACUGUUGCAGAUAUGGAGCAGAAAGCCAUUGUAGCACAUCUCCUUUGACAGAAGCUGCAGCGCGUGUUGGUACCUCUCACAGUUCAAUGGUAGAAGAGAAGGAGACCAUGCUAGCAAUAUUUGAUGAAAAGGUCUGUAAGUCAUUGCAAGCACUGGUAAGAAGUGCUGAGCUUGAGGAUGCUCGGCUUCUUGUACGUCGAUAUGACAAGUUAUGGCAGGAAGUGGAAGCUCAGGCAGCUGAUGUACUAAGACUGAGGUCAAAGUCCACUGAGGGAGCAAAAUCUGAGGAAAACUCCAUCAAACUUGAGAAUGCAGAGGAAAAGUUGGAUUAUCUUAAAUCUAGAUUGAUGGCACUUGGAAAGGAAGCAACAUCUGCAAUGCUGUCAGUCGAGGCACAUCAGCAAAAGAUGACUUUCCAUCAGCUUGUUGUUACGCUGAAUGCUGAAAGAUCUUACCAUCGCAAUGUUCUUGCUAUGUUGGAAAAGGUUCUUCCUGAGAUUAUUCAACUGGAACAAUUGUGCGAGUCAUCACUGCCAGAAGAUGCUACAGAGAGCCAUUCAAAUGGAAGCAAGGAGCAUUACAUAGAACAAGAAGAUGAUGCAUGCUAUGUUGCAAAAGUUGUACACCCAUUCGAUGCUCAAGCUGAAGGGGAGUUAAGUCUACUAGCUGGUGAUAUUGUCGUGGUGCAGCAGGUGAUUCCCGGUGGCUGGUCCAAAGGUGAAUGCAAUGGUAAGACAGGAUGGUUUCCUACCCCUUACGUACAAAGGUUGGAUGAAGUUUCAGAAGGCAACGUAUCCUGGGCAAACCUUUAGCAGCCAUAGUUCCUAGUUACCACUUAAUUUUUGCUGUAAAAUAAGUUAUAUAGCUUAUUGUUUUUUAUACAAUAUUCACCAUCUUUUAUAGAAGGGAUCACAAUAUUCAGAGAAGAAACUGUACAAAUUCAUGGGUUUUAAGUUUUGAUGUUGUCUAAACAUUGUGUAGCACACUCUAUGUACCAAGAAACAAGUAAUUGGAAUGAUGUAUAGUACACACCGAUGGUAUAUAAUUAUAAAUUUAGGGGCCAACAUUUGAAAGAUGUACCAAAAAUUAGAUGUAUUUAAUCAUACAUAUGAGUUUUUCGCUUGGUUGA